CGCUGAGUCUCGGUGCAUCGUCCCUCCCCCCCAUACACCCCAGAUCCAGUGUCCGCGCCCACGGCCAGCCAAACGCCGGGGGCGGUGAUUGUGUCAUCCCCGCGGAAGCAACCCGUUGCCGCCCGCCUCUUGCUCGCCAUCCGUCUGUCUGUCCGUCCGUCCGCUCACCCUCGCCUUUCAUCUGCCCUCCCCCAUCCUUGCUCUCCAUCUGCCCGUCCUUGUCGUCGUCAUGAUUUCCAGUCCUGAGAUACCCACCAUCGAUUUUGCGUCGUUUGGCGGCCCCAACCCGGCCGUCGCCGUCGCCACCGACGAGGCUCGCAUCAACACCGCCCAAGAAAUCAUGGAUGCCCUCUGUCGCUUUGGGUUCGUCUGCCUCAAGAACCACGGCAUCGACUCGGACCUUCUCGCCGAGUUCUUCGUCCUGGCCGCGCAGUAUUUCGAUCGCCCUCUGGCGGACAAGUUGCGCCAUGCCUACGACCCCAACGACAACAGCGGCUACACCAGUUUCGGCCAGGAGGUGCUCAAUCUCGAUGACCCCGUCGAUCAGAAGGAGGCCUUCAACCUGCGACCGUUCAAUGGGCUUUUUGGGUCCAAGGAGACCCUGCCCGAGCUCUUCCAGGCCCACUUUGACAGGAUCGAGCAGCUCUCGGAGGACCUGCACCGCCUAAUGCUCCGAAUCCUGGACGCCGUCUCGCUCGGCCUCCAGAUUCCGGCCGAGGCUGGCGGCAUAUCCUAUCUGUCGGAUCGUCACCGCUACCAAGAGCCGUCGGGCUGCACCCUGCGCAUGCUGCGCUAUCCACCAGCCAAGACCGGCAGUAUCCGAUGCGGUGGCCAUACGGACUAUGGGUCGUUGACGCUGCUCUUCCAGGACAGCGUUGGGGGGCUUGAAGUCUUUGUGCCAACCUCCGAAACGAUCCGCGAUCCUGCAGUCGAUGGCUGGAUCCCGGUCGUCCCGGCCCCAAAUACCCUGAUCGUCAACGCCGGCGAUCUCAUGGAGUUCUGGACGGGCGGGCUCAUCCGAAGCGCUCCGCACCGAGUCCGCGGAUGGCCCGGCUCCGAGAGCACGAGCCGAUACUCGGUCGCCUUCUUUGGCCAUCCCGAGGAUAGCACCCCGCUCGACCCAAUCCCGAGCCCGCUGCUGGCGAAGGAGACCUUGGAGGGCACGGCGCCUACAAGUGUCCCUAAUCGCUCGUUUGAGGCUGGGUCGCUGCUGAAGCGCACCAUGACCGCCGGCGAGCAUCUGCAAAUGCGCCUCGACAGGUCAUACAACCUGGCCUGAGCCACGACCCCAACGAAGCACUUGCCUUUUCUUUGAAUAUGAACCCGGCCAUGUUCCCAAAGCCUGUCUGUGUGCCGAGAUUAGCAGCUCGACCCGCGUGAUUUCAUCAUGCUGGAAGAUUCGACUCUGUUCGAGCGAGCGCAUUCGGCAAUCGUGCUUGAGAACGUGUUCGCCGGAUUGCCCAUGGACACGCUCGUCAAAUGAUGCCCACAGAUCUG